AUGGAGGCGUCGUCUCGUGCGCUUUCGUUUUCCUCAAAAUCGAGGUUUAGUGUGAGUAAAAGCGCGACUGCUCUUACGCAAAGGAGGACGAGGACGAAGGGAGAAUUGGACGACAAUUAUUAUCAUCAUCAUCAUCAUCGUCAUCAUCUUCGUCGCGAGAGUAGAAGUCAUCGGAGAAACAGCGCGUCGUGUUCUUCUUCUCAUAAUAAUUCUUACGACGAUUCGUUUAGUAGCACUCGUCCUCGGAAUCGUCGUCGUCCCCGGGGUCAUCGCGAGAAUACUACGGAGGAAAAGGAGGAAAAGUACAGAAGGCGAAGGCGGCUGCAGAGUUUUUCGUCCAAUUCGUUCUUCGAAUCGGCUUCCUCUUCCUCCUCUUCGUCUUCAAAUACAAACAAUAACGCUCACAACAACAACUCAAACAACAACUCAAAUAACAACAACAACUCUAAAGAGAGAGAACUGAGCUCGAGCAGUUUGUGGUGGCGUUGCGCGAAACUGCCGAUGUAUUCGGUGGCCAUAAUUCCCGUUUUAGUCGCUGCUUCUUCGGCGAGUUAUCUUAACCUGAUUGACCCAAAAAUUGGCGCGAGCGCGAUGAACUUGACGUUACGUUUACUCUUAGGCGCGUGUUCGGUGAUCGCGUGGCUGAACAUAUCGAACGACGCGUGGGAUUAUCAGACUGGAGUGGAUAGUGGGAACAGGAAACCGGAAUCGAUUGUGAAUUUAUUAAACGGAGACGUCAAGGCGGCGCACGUGACGAGCGCGUUCUUUUUAAUCGCCGGGGUGGUGACUUUGUUGCCGCUUUUUGCAAACGCACCGGCUGUGGCGCCGAUGGCGUUGUUGCUGGCGAUCGGGUGCGGGUAUGCGUAUCAAGCGCCGCCUUUGCGGUUGUCCUAUAAAGGGUUGGGGGAGCCGUUGUGCUUUACCGCGUUUGGACCUUUGGCGACGAGCGCGUUUUUCGCGGUGUUUGCGGGCGCAAACUUGCCGAGUUUUUUGAACGUGCCUCCGUUGUUAUGGGUCAACGCGUGGAUGGUUGGCGUGACGACGAGCAUGAUUCUAUUCGCCAGUCAUUUGCACCAAAGAGAAGGGGACGAGGUGAGCGGGAAGUUGUCGCCGUGCGUUCGAUUCGGCGUGGAUUUUUGCGUCAGCUCGAUUCAACACGUCGUUUCCGCCUAUUACGCCUUGAUCGCGACGUUCGUCUCGUGCGGAUGGUUACCUUCCGUUGCCGGAGCGAUGAUUUUUAUCACCUACCCAUUAGCGAGAGCGAUGCAAAACUACGCGUUGGAUAACGUGGAAAACGAAAAGAUGUUGUUCAAGACGAAAUAUUUCGCGGUGAGAUGGCACGUGGCUCACGGCGUAGCGUUAGCCUUUGGGUUAUGGUUGAGCAGAAGAUUAGCAGUGCCGUUUUAG